AUCACAGGCUCAGGGCUGGGCAGCUGGGAAACCUUUGUGAAACCGAUUAGUGAGGCCCUGCUUCCAAAAGGCUCAAUAGAGUUUUCUUGAAUGAUUGAAUGAGUGAGGUGGGUAGGCAGCAUAGCACCUGUUCUCUGCCUUCAAGUCCCGGGCCCAGGUUUCUCACCCUCCUUGCCUGGUACCGGCAGACCCCUGCUUUACCUUCAGUUGCCCACCUAGCACCUUGACGCCAGUUGAUCCUUCCACCUGCCCAUCUGUGUGCCCCACGUGGGUGACUCCUGGGCACACCUUAUCCUCCAGAGACUGAGCUGAGCUCUCAUUUGAGGGGGAGAUCAAGGCACUGGCGAAUGCUACGGGUCCCCCCAUUAGCCCAACUUGUGCCUGUGCUCUGCUCCACCCCCUUUCCACCCCAGGACCACGACGAGCUGGUCCUAAGGCUCUCCAAUACCUAAAGUUCCGUUGGUAACUAACAGCGUGGGGAGGCAGGCUUUUGUGCUUGUCUUUGUGAAUAACCCCAGGGGCAGGUGGUUUCAUACCCCAGUCUGUUCAUCCAUUAAAUGCGGGAUCCACUGAAAAGUGGUGUGAAAGCUCCCUGAGGGUGACCAGAGCUGGGAGCCUUGGUCCUUAACCCCCCACCCCAUAAGCCAGGCCCAUUCUCCUUCCGAAGACAGUUGGAACAUCAGUAGCUCCCCAACCCUUCCCAAAGAGCACAGGGGUACCCGGCCCCUCCCCCAGCCCAGGAGAAGGAAGAAAGAAGUUACUAAGUUACUGGCUACAUCAAUGCUAGUCUGUCGGGUGGGGCUUCCAACCCUCCCACCCCCAUCACCCUGUGGGGCAGGAGAGGCAGGCAGGCUCUAAGGAGGGGUCGCCCUCCCAAUGCCCUCUGGGUGGGGUGUGUGGCUCCAUAUUACUGGUGCCCCCUGCAGCCUGUGUCUUGUCACCCCCCCUCGCCUCCAGCCCCCCCAGAGACCAUGCAUCCCCUUGGCAGGUGCAUUUUUGGGGGAGCAGCAGCAAGCCCCCCUGUGACAGUAAGGAACCUCCUACAGCCUGCUCCUCCCUCUUCACACCCCCUUGGAGGUAUAAGGAGGGAACUGACAGCCCAGACUGCUCGGCUCCAGAGAGGGGAAGGGAGGGUUAAGAAGGAAGGUGUAGAAAGACAAGCUUUGGGGCGGCUGGGUUUCUUCUCUCUCUGCCCCUCUGCCUGGCACACGGUGUCCAGCCAUGGGGAGCUUCAAUCUAUGGACAGAUUACCUGGGUUUGGCACGCCUGGUGGAGGCUCUGCGUGGGGAAGAGGAGCCUGAGAUCAGGCUGGACCCCCAGCCAGAACCAGUGCCAGGACCAGAGGAGGGUCAGACACACAGCCCGGAAUCCUCACCAGCUCCUGAACGCCUGUGCUCUUUCUGCAAGCACAACGGCGAGUCCCGGGCCAUCUACCAGUCCCACGUGCUCAAGGACGAAGCUGGCCGGGUGCUGUGCCCCAUCCUCCGAGACUACGUGUGCCCCCAGUGUGGUGCCACUCGCGACCAUGCCCACACCCGCCGCUUCUGUCCGCUCACCGGCCAGGGCUACACCUCUGUCUAUAGCUACACCACCCGCAACUCGGCCGGCAGGAAGCUGGUCCGCUCGGACAAGGCGAAGACGCAGGACUCCGGACACUGCCGAGGAGGAGGUGCCUGUGCAGGUUCCAAAGGUGUCGGGAAGCCUAAUGGAACUACCCCCUCUUCCUGCUUACCCUCCACUUCUGCCUAAGGAGGCUGGAGCGGGCAGGACGGGGAUGCUGCCUUCAUCUGCGGUUGGGGACCCAGGCUCACUGGAGGCUGGAUUUCAGGGAAGACGCACCCUCCGAGGAUCCACCCCUAGGCCCUGCCCCCAGCCUGAGCGCCUGGCAAAGGAGCCCCGUCUGGAAGCACAGCCCAAAUGGCGCCCCGACCCCCUCACGUUAGGAGGUGGUUCUCAGGCACCCCAGCCCUCCUUCCCCAGCGCGGGGCACCCAGUCAGCUCUCAAUA